CAUUCAUUUGAAUGGACUCCCAUGGUACGCAGGGAAGAAGUCUCUGAACUUCUUUUGAAAAUGCAGCCCGCACAGGAACCUCGGUUCCCAGUACGGUUGCGUUUUCUAGUGUGGGCGGCAUGCCAUUAGAAUUAAUGGCACCCGCCCACGGGUCCGCAUUCCUCUGUGCGGGUGGUGCGGCUGCUCGGAUUUUCGUACGGAUCUGCAGCGGCACCACCUCCACAGAUGUGAACCAAGGGUUAGUGACUGUGGUAUGUAGGCAAGGGUGACAUUACCAACUUUCCUGCAAGAUUUCGGGGAAUUCUGGAAUGA